CGGAUAUGGUCUUGUUUACAAUAUUUAAACCACAAGUAACACAUGAGUUCUUAAACAAAUUGAAAAAUGAACCGGUUGAAAACAAGUUUUGCUAUAAAUGAAAAAUAUUCAGCGUUCUACACAGGUGGACAACUACAGCUCAGCAGUGAUGGAACCAAACUUUUCUGUGGGUGUGGCAAAGAGGUUAAGAUUGUUGAUAUCAAAACAGGCAAGAUCACAAUGUCUAUUGGCCAGGACGAGGAUGAAGAAAUCUGCCAGUUUCUGCUGAGUCGUGAUGAUGAGUUUUUAGUUUUGGCAACCAGAAAUCAGCUCUUCAGACAGUGGCGAUGGAGAGACAAAACCCUAGUCAAAACAUGGAGGUCUGUCCACAAUGCCCCUGUGACCUGUCUAGCCUUUGACCCCACCAUCACCCUGUUGGCCUCUGGCUGUGCUGACCACACCAUCAAAGUCUACGACAUUGUCAGGGGCUAUUUCACUCACAAUUUUAAAGGUCAUCGUGGUGUUGUAAGGUACGUGACCUUUCACCCCAGAGCUGAGCAGCUCCACCUGGUCUCAGCUGCCGAGGACUACACUGUCAAGGUCUGGGACCUGAAGCUCAGCGCCUGCAUCAUGUCCAGUGAGUGUCACACCAGCCUGGUCACCUCCAUAGCAUUUGCUGAUAAUGGGGCAACCAUGUACAGUGCUGGGAAAGAUAAAGUUGUAUGUAUCUGGAAAACUGACAAGUGGAAAGUCUUCAAGACUAUACCAGUGUUUCAGUCAGUAGUGUCUGUGAUUGUCCCCCUUGAGUUCCCCAGUCUUAUUGAUGACGACAACACAUCCAGGUUUAUAACUGUCUGCUCUAAUGGGGAAGUCCGAGUUAUCAAUGCGGAGUCUGGCAAAUAUGAAUACACAAAUACAUGUCGCUUGAGUGACUCAGAAGACGACAGCAAGAGUGACUCAUACAUCACUCAAGCUCUCUAUUCCACUGAUCUAAACGGCAUUGUUUUAGCUACCUAUGACGACAACAUCAUACAGCUCAGCAAAGAUUUUACAAUUGAAAAGCAGCUCUGUGGUCAUUUGGAUGAAAUCUUGAGCCUUCAUUUCCUGGGGGAAGACGACUCGCAUGUAGUGGCGGCCACCAACACUGACCUGCUCAAAGUUUUCAACAGGGACACCUGGGAGUGCCAGAUGAUGGCAGGUCACUCUGACAUUAUAACAAGUCUGGAUGUCAAGGGAAACUUCAUUGUCUCUGGUUCUAAGGAUUCUUCCAUCAGGAUUUGGAAUUUAUCAGCAGACACUGGGUUUGUCACUUGUUUGGGUGUAGGUCGAGGUCAUACACAAGCUGUACAGUCUGUAGCUUUAGCCAGACAUUCAGCCCGUCCGACAUAUGUGCUGUCAGGUGGCGUGGACAUGACACUCAAGGUCUGGUCAUUUCCUGCGGAGACUGACAUCACCCCCAUGGCGACCCUGCGCGUGGCCGCCACAGAACAUGCACACGACAAGGACAUCAACUGUCUGGCUGUGGCCCCUAAUGAUAAGCUCAUAGCCAGUGGGUCCUAUGAUAAAACAGCUAAGCUGUGGAAUAUAGACGAUGGACUCCACUCCCUCACACUUCUUGCUGUACUGCGGGGACACAAGAGGGGGAUCUGGUGUGUCAAGUUCUCACCUGUAGACCAGAUUGUGGCCACAAGUUCUGGUGAUGGUUACAUCAAGCUGUGGAGUGUGUCUGACUACUCUUGUGUUAGGACUUUUGAAGGCCAUGACAGCUCUGUGCUCUCCAUUUUGUUUUUGUCAAGUGGGAGACAGCUUUUAUCCAGUGGUUCAGAUGGUUUACUGAAACUUUGGCUGAUUAAAACAAGUGAAUGUUUGAAAACUUUUGAAGGCCACGAUGCCAAAGUGUGGACAAUAGCAGCCACAUCACAAGAGGAUUAUGUACUGUCAGGGGGAGCUGACUCCACAGUUGUCUUGUGGAAGGAUGUGACACAACAAGAAGAAACAGAAAAACAGGAACAAAUCCAGAAGCACGUCAUGCAGGAGCAAGUUUUGUCCAAUCUGAUAGCAGACAAGAAGUUUGUCAGGGCUAUGGGGCUGGCUAUAUCUCUCAGUAAGCCGUACAGAGCUCUGAAUAUUCUCAAAGAGGUUCUCAAGUUGGAGGACGGGGAGAAACAGUUAGAGAGACUGAUCUGCAAACUGCGGAUGGACCAAAUAGAAUCUGUGUUAAAGUUUGCUGUGGACUGGAACACCAACAGCAGGAACUACUACCCAGCCCAGCAGCUCAUCAAUGUUGUCCUCCGGAACUUUCUACCACAGGAGCUGGCCAAGCUGCCAAACAUUCAGUCUAUAGUUGAGGGCCUGACAGUUUAUACAGACAGACACCUACAGAGACUGGACAACCUUCUGAUGGAGUCCCACUUUGCUGAGUACUGCUACAGUUGUAUGAAGACAUCAGUCUAGCUCUUGACCAGUACAGGUGCUGUUUGCUGAUGGGAACUAAUUAGAAAUAAAUAAAUAUAACAGAAGAAAACAU